GAAAUGCCUUUAAAUGGCACCAGCGACUUCAAGUAGUACCCUUGAGAUUUUAGGGUUUUCAAAAAAAAUAGAAAAACGCUGAAAAGACAUUAACACCCUUAAUGAAUAGGACACGUGUCAAGAUCAGAACGAACAAAGCGUAAAUCUGAGAAGAAAAUUUUUGAAAAAAUACGUGGCAGUUUUAAAAUUAAAAAACAAACAUAAAAAUAAAAUAUUGAACGGAAGAAGAACUUCCUGUCUCUUCAUUUUCACGAUUUCUCUAUAACGGACAGUGGGCGAUUUCUCUCUUCCUUGGCGAUUUCUGUUGCGAUUUCUUCUUGCAAUAUCGUUCUCACUUCAGAUGGCUUCGUCUUCUUCAUCGUCUUCGGCUCCUAGUUACGAAGAUAUUCAGGUUUCUUUUGUAUACGAUUUUAACGACAUUCAUCAUGCUCCCAAGAUCACAACAAAGUGUUAUCCGUUUCAAACCAUUCGCUCUCUUAAAAAGGCUCUAACAGAUGAAGAAUGGGCAUAUUUCAACAAAGAAUCACAGUUUCGACACAUUUUCCACCUUCAAUGUGAAGACACGUUAAAGAUGGUUCCGGUGUCUGUCCUUUUACAUCGCGCAUUAAAGCUUGAAGGAAACGUGAAAGAGUUGUGGUUUGUUCUUAACGGUGUACCCGUUAGAUACUCGAUCACCGAACAUGCCAUCAUCUCUGGUCUAAACUGCGAAAAGUAUCCCAAAGAUUGGGCUGAACGCAGAGGACACGUGUUUCGGAUGAAAAUAUUUGGACCUUCUAAGGUGACUAUAUCAGGAGCAUUGGAGAAGUUGCAUAACACUUCAACCACGGAUGUGGAGGACAGAAAACGGUUAGCAAUAUUGAUUUUGCUAGGCGGGGUAGUAGACCAUGGUAUAAAGGGCAAUGAUGUGAUUCCCAAUGCCCGAUUGAGGUAA